CUAAGUGCAGCAUCUGUAAUCUGACACUGUCACAGACUUGAGUCUUGGAGUCAGUUGUACACCUGUGUGCUCAUUGUGCAUCUGAUGAGACAAUUAGGAUACAGCAUCUAGAUUACAUUGGAUGACUGCUGGGUAACCAGAAAGACUUUUUUUUGUAGUCCAGGUGCCUCUAAUGUCAAAACGAUGCAUAGCAUUAGCUGUGAACCUCUUCGACGCCAACUUUUUUAAGAUCUCAUCAGGAGGACAUGGACUCCAGAUUCUAGGGGUCAAAAGUCUGUGACUGUGUCAGAUUUCAGAUGUUUCGUUAAGCGGAAGAUAAAAUGGAGCUAUUUCAACAUUCACACCAAUUAUAAGUGGGCACUAAUGUGGAUAUCCAGACCUGAAGAUGAUUCAACUAAUAAACAAAAUUUUUAAUUCAAAAUGAAAAUUUUGCAAUGAAAAUAACUAGUGGAAAAGAUGUAUUAAGCUAAUGAAUUUGUUAAAUUAGCUAUUCAGAGGCUCAAAACAGUAUAAAAUUGUUUAACUUUAUCUAAAUGUUUGUUGCCAAGAGAAGGAAGAUGGAGCUCAACAGUCUGGAACGUGGAACUGUGAGCUGUGUACUCCAAGAAGCUGUUCACCAGCUGGCUGUUGUACAGACUGGUGUACCAACCUCCAAAUUUUUGUUCAGACCAAUCAUGCAGAGGAUCAAUGAUUGUGGCAGCAACAAGAUUUACAACCGAGAGACUUGGGAGCUGACUGAAAUGGCAUACAAACUUCUAGAACCUGUCUCACUCAAUAAUAUACGGUACUUCACUGAAAGUGUGUUGGAGGCGUUACGGCUUGAAGUUUUGAGUGCUGGGACAAUGCAUUCAAUUGAAGAUAUGUUGCAAUUAGAACAUGAGUGUAGGGCUGAAGGCAGUAAGCUUGUUGAGGAAACUCUAAAAUAUUCCACUGAGGUUGCCGCUCUUCAGAGCAAGAUCAAAGAAAUUACUCUGAAUUCUUGUGAAGAAGUCAAUCAAAAGGAUGUUCAGUUGGCAAUGCUACAGGAUGAUUUGCUGGACCUACAGUAUCACAAACAAGUGUCACUGGGCUUUACCGAGCAGCGUAUUGGUGCCAAACUGGGCCAGGUAUCUCUGUGGCUAAGGGACCAUGAACACUCUCUAGCCCAAAACAUUGAUUUCAACAUAGUGGCAUGUGACCUUCAAGAUAGAGUUCACGUUGAAAUACUCAACUACCUAGAUUGUAUUAUACAUGAUCUCAAGGGGCUGGUGGAGUACUGGAUAGAACGCAGCAAGACAGAAAUGGCUGAGAUGAAUGUAAGAUUAAACAAGCUACAACAGAUUCGUAGUGAACAAUCCAAUCAGCUUCAAAACCUGUCAGCAUUGUACAAAAAACACCAAGAAGAUAUGAAAUCAUAUUGUGAAGAAAGAAUGGCUAGAGAGCACAAACAAGAAAUGCAACUACACAUCAGUGAAAUGGCGACUAAGAUUCAAGCAUGGUGGCGGGGAACAAUGGUGAGACGACAUUUAGGUCCCUUCAAAGUAGAUAAGAAGAAAAAACCAAAGGACAAACCCAAAAAGAAAAAAUAAUUCUAACAACAACAUUACAUACAUCUUAGAAAUUUUAAUACAUUUCUUACAGGUUUUUACCAGUUUGUGACCCAAGUAUUGUACAGGUAUAGAUCUGUAUAGUGCUUAGACUGUAUAGAAUUCUCCCACAUGUUCUUAAUCACUAUGUGCCUGAAAGUUCAUUAUUGUCUUAUUAUUUGUAAUAUUAGGACGUAUUAGUUUAAUAUACAUGAAUUUGUUAUUAUCAUAUUCACCAAUAGUCACCUUAGCCUUUAUUUACA